AUGCCUCAUGCUCACCCCAUUUGGCUAGUCGGUCCUGAAAAUUCCUGCUGUGCUGCGCGCUUCCCUCCCUGGGAGCCUCGUUCAAGCUAUUCGCCAUGUGCGGUGAGUCAAUGCGAGCGCUGCCUCAUGCUCACCCGCAUUCGCUGUGCUCCGAGCGUCCCUGGGAGCCGCGUUCAAGCUCUUCGCCAUGUGCGAAUUCCUGCUGUGCUGCGAGCGUCCCUGGGAGCCGCGUUCAAGCUCUUCGCCAUGUGCGUGCCGAGAAUUCCUGCUGUGCUGCGAGCGUCCCUGGGAGCCGCGUUCAAGCUCUUCGCCAUGUGCGUGCCGAGAAUUCCUGCUGUGCUGCGAGCGUCCCUGGGAGCCGCGUUCAAGCUCUUCGCCAUGUGCGUGCCGAGAAUUCCUGCUGUGCUGCGAGCGUCCCUGGGAGCCGCGUUCAAGCUCUUCGCCAUGUGCGUGCUGAGAAUUCCUGCUGUGCUGCACGCGUCCCUGGGAGCCGCGUUCAAGCUCUUCGCCAUGUGCGUGCCGAGAAUUCCUGCUGUGCUGCGCGCGUCCCUGGGAGCCGCGUUCAAGCUCUUCGCCAUGUGCGUGCCGAGAAUUCCUGCUGUGCUGCGAGCGUCCCUGGGAGCCGCGUUCAAGCUCUUCGCCAUGUGCGUGCUGAGAAUUCCUGCUGUGCUGCACGCGUCCCUGGGAGCCGCGUUCAAGCUCUUCGCCAUGUGCGUGCCGAGAAUUCCUGCUGUGCUGCGAGCGUCCCUGGGAGCCGCGUUCAAGCUCUUCGCCAUGUGCGUGCUGAGAAUUCCUGCUGUGCUGCGCGCGUCCCUGGGAGCCGCGUUCAAGCUCUUCGCCAUGUGCGUGCUGAGAAUUCCUGCUGUGCUGCGCGCGUCCCUGGGAGCCGCGUUCAAGCUCUUCGCCAUGUGCGUGCCGAGAAUUCCUGCUGUGCUGCGCGCGUCCCUGGGAGCCGCGUUCAAGCUCUUCGCCAUGUGCGUGCCGAGAAUUCCUGCUGUGCUGCGCGCGUCCCUGGGAGCCGCGUUCAAGCUCUUCGCCAUGUGCGUGCCGAGAAUUCCUGCUGUGCUGCGAGCGUCCCUGGGAGCCGCGUUCAAGCUCUUCGCCAUGUGCGUGCUGAGAAUUCCUGCUGUGCUGCGCGCGUCCCUGGGAGCCGCGUUCAAGCUCUUCGCCAUGUGCGUGCUGAGAAUUCCUGCUGUGCUGCGCGCGUCCCUGGGAGCCGCGUUCAAGCUCUUCGCCAUGUGCGUGCCGAGAAUUCCUGCUGUGCUGCGAGCGUCCCUGGGAGCCGCGUUCAAGCUCUUCGCCAUGUGCGUGCUGAGAAUUCCUGCUGUGCUGCGCGCGUCCCUGGGAGCCGCGUUCAAGCUCUUCGCCAUGUGCGUGCCGAGAAUUCCUGCUGUGCUGCGCGCGUCCCUGGGAGCCGCGUUCAAGCUCUUCGCCAUGUGCGUGCCGAGAAUUCCUGCUGUGCUGCGCGCGUCCCUGGGAGCCGCGUUCAAGCUCUUCGCCAUGUGCGUGCCGAGAAUUCCUGCUGUGCUGCGAGCGUCCCUGGGAGCCGCGUUCAAGCUCUUCGCCAUGUGCGUGCUGAGAAUUCCUGCUGUGCUGCGCGCGUCCCUGGGAGCCGCGUUCAAGCUCUUCGCCAUGUGCGUGCUGAGAAUUCCUGCUGUGCUGCGCGCGUCCCUGGGAGCCGCGUUCAAGCUCUUCGCCAUGUGCGUGCUGAGAAUUCCUGCUGUGCUGCGCGCGUCCCUGGGAGCCGCGUUCAAGCUCUUCGCCAUGUGCGUGCCGAGAAUUCCUGCUGUGCUGCGCGCGUUCCUGGGAGCCGCGUUCAAGCUCUUCGCCAUGUGCGUGCCGAGAAUUCCUGCUGUGCUGCGAGCGUCCCUGGGAGCCGCGUUCAAGCUCUUCGCCAUGUGCGUGCUGAGAAUUCCUGCUGUGCUGCGCGCGUCCCUGGAAGCCGCGUUCAAGCUCUUCGCCAUGUGCGUGCCGAGAAUUCCUGCUGUGCUGCGCGCGUCCCUGGGAGCCGCGUUCAAGCUCUUCGCCAUGUGCGUGCCGAGAAUUCCUGCUGUGCUGCGCGCGUCCCUGGGAGCCGCGUUCAAGCUCUUCGCCAUGUGCGUGCCGAGAAUUCCUGCUGUGCUGCGCGCGUCCCUGGGAGCCGCGUUCAAGCUCUUCGCCAUGUGCGUGCCGAGAAUUCCUGCUGUGCUGCGCGCGUCCCUGGGAGCCGCGUUCAAGCUCUUCGCCAUGUGCGUGCUGAGAAUUCCUGCUGUGCUGCGCGCGUCCCUGGGAGCCGCGUUCAAGCUCUUCGCCAUGUGCGUGCCGAGAAUUCCUGCUGUGCUGCGCGCGUCCCUGGGAGCCGCGUUCAAGCUCUUCGCCAUGUGCGUGCUGAGAAUUCCUGCUGUGCUGCGCGCGUCCCUGGGAGCCGCGUUCAAGCUCUUCGCCAUGUGCGUGCCGAGAAUUCCUGCUGUGCUGCGCGCGUCCCUGGGAGCCGCGUUCAAGCUCUUCGCCAUGUGCGUGCUGAGAAUUCCUGCUGUGCUGCGCGCGUCCCUGGGAGCCGCGUUCAAGCUCUUCGCCAUGUGCGUGCCGAGAAUUCCUGCUGUGCUGCGCGCGUCCCUGGGAGCCGCGUUCAAGCUCUUCGCCAUGUGCGUGCUGAGAAUUCCUGCUGUGCUGCGAGCGUCCCUGGGAGCCGCGUUCAAGCUCUUCGCCAUGUGCGUGCCGAGAAUUCCUGCUGUGCUGCGCGCGUCCCUGGGAGCCGCGUUCAAGCUCUUCGCCAUGUGCGUGCUGAGAAUUCCUGCUGUGCUGCGCGCGUCCCUGGGAGCCGCGUUCAAGCUCUUCGCCAUGUGCGUGCCGAGAAUUCCUGCUGUGCUGCGCGCGUCCCUGGGAGCCGCGUUCAAGCUCUUCGCCAUGUGCGUGCUGAGAAUUCCUGCUGUGCUGCGCGCGUCCCUGGGAGCCGCGUUCAAGCUCUUCGCCAUGUGCGUGCUGAGAAUUCCUGCUGUGCUGCGCGCGUCCCUGGGAGCCGCGUUCAAGCUCUUCGCCAUGUGCGUGCUGAGAAUUCCUGCUGUGCUGCGCGCGUCCCUGGGAGCCGCGUUCAAGCUCUUCGCCAUGUGCGUGCCGAGAAUUCCUGCUGUGCUGCGCGCGUCCCUGGGAGCCGCGUUCAAGCUCUUCGCCAUGUGCGUGCUGAGAAUUCCUGCUGUGCUGCGCGCGUCCCUGGGAGCCGCGUUCAAGCUCUUCGCCAUGUGCGUGCUGAGAAUUCCUGCUGUGCUGCGCGCGUCCCUGGGAGCCGCGUUCAAGCUCUUCGCCAUGUGCGUGCUGAGAAUUCCUGCUGUGCUGCGCGCGUCCCUGGGAGCCGCGUUCAAGCUCUUCGCCAUGUGCACCUUCAUCGUGUGGCUCAUGAAGGCCAACGUCCUUGCUAAAUCCACCAACACCCAUGAUGUGAUGUGCCUCGUGGUCACCCCACCUCCCCCCCUUCCCUCCCUUGCCAACAUCCUUCCUAAAGCCACCAUCAUACGUCGUGUGAUGCGCCGUGUGUGCCCUUUGCUUGCUUUCUUCUCCCUCCCACCUCCCCCGCUCUCGCCCUCCUCUCUCUCCCCCUCCCACUAUCCUCCCCCACAGCCUUCAUCGUCCUUCAUCGUGUGGCUCAUGAAGGCCAACAUUCUUCCUGAAGCCACUCCCUCGGUGCUCAGCCAGGUGGCCUUCCAAGCGCUCAUCCCUUGCUUCCUCAUGAUCAAGCCAAGGUCGCCUCUACUCUCGCUGUGCAACCUCUUACGGCCUUUUGACUCUCAAUGUCAUGUCGCCCCUCCCCACCCCCUCCAUUCCACCCCUCCAGGUGGCCUUCCAAGCGCUCAUCCCCUGCUUCCUCAUGACCAAGCCAAGGUGGCCUUCCAAGCGCUCAUCCCCUGCUUCCUCAUGACCAAAGUCGCCUCUACUCUCACUGUGCAACCUCUCAUCUCAUCAUCUCACCCAUGUCGCCACCCCCCUCAACCGCUCUCCACCCCUCCAGGUGGCCUUCCAAGCGCUCAUCCCCUUAAGGCAGCUCUAGGCAAGCUGGCCUGCACCAUCGCAUACCGCCGUCCCUCCUCGCUCUCCUCGCUCGAGUCUAUCCUGUGUGGAGCAGCGCUAGGCAAGCUAGCCUGCACCAUCGCCUACCGCCGUCCCUCCUCGCUCUCCUCGCUUCCCUCCCCUCCUGCCGCCCGCCACAUCGCCUUCUCGGUCGCCCAGAGCCUCGGCCUCUCCCCCUCUACUGCCGCCCUCCUCUCAGGCCUCCCCCCUCCUCCUCCUUCUCCCCCUUCUUGUGACAACGAAUCCGAAACUUUUGUGCAGUGGGGAAGGGGGAGGGGAGGGGAGGGAGGGGAACGGGAGGGGGGAGUGGAGGGGAAGGUGGGCAGUGGGAAGGCGGUGCCUGGGCAGGGCGUUUUGUCUGCACCUGGGAUAGUUGGGGCGGCAGAGCGGGCGGCGGGGAGGAAGGAGUCCGUGGUGAUGUCAGCAUGUGCGUUUGGCAACUCGCUCACUCUGCCUCUGGUGUUUCUGGCAACGCUGCUGACUCGCGCUGAUGCUGACAGGGCUGCUGGGUACCUCGCACUCUUCAUGGUUGGGAGGGGAUGCUGCUGCCGCUCCUCUUCCCACACUUUUCUCGGCCCUCGCCUAUGCUGUCCUUUUUUCGAGCAUCCUCCUUUCCAGCUGAUCACCCACCUCUUGGACUCGUGGUUGCUGCAUGUUCACAGGGGGGGGGGCAAUGCUGCUCUUCCCACUCCUCUCUUCUCCCGCCCCUCACCCAUGCUUCCUCCCCUGCUUGCAUCCCCCUUUCCAGCUGGUCCCCCACGUUCUGGACUCUGGGUUACAGCAUGGUCACAGGGGGGGAUGCUGCUGCUUCUCCUCUUUCCACUCUUCUCUCGCCCCCCGCCCAUUCUCUCCCUCUGCACCCCCCAACUCUGCACCUGGUCCCCCACGUUCUGGACUCUGGACUACAGCAUGUUCACAGGGGGGGAUGACAAGCAGGAAGAGAGGGAGCGGGUGGGAGGAGGGGGGGGAGAGAGUGAUGACACACCAUUUAUUCCCCUCUUCCCACUCCCCUCCCCCACCCUUCCAGCUGGUCGCCCACCUUCUGGACUUUGGGUUACAGCAUGUUCACAGGGGGGGAUGCUGCUGCCGCUCCUCUUCCCACUCCUCACUCGCCCCUCCCCCCAUGCUGUCCACCCCCCGGAUUCCCCCUUUCCAGCUGGUCCCCACCUUCUGGACUUUGGGUUACAGCAUGUUCACAGGGGGGGGGUGCUGCUGCCGCUCCUCUUCCCCCUCUUGCCCCACCCACCCAUGCUCCCUGCAUUCUCCCUUCCCCUUCCAGCUGGUCACCCACCUUCUGGACUCUGGGUUACAGCAUGUUCACAGGGGGGGAUAACAAGCAGGAGGAGGGUGAGGGGGAGUGGGGAGAGUGAUGGCAAACCAUAUAUUCCCCUCAUGCUACUCCUCCCCUCCCUCCACCCUUCCAGCUGGUCACCCACCUUCUGGACUCUGGGUUACAGCAUGUUCACAGGGGGGGAUAACAAGCAGGAAGAGAGGGAGCGGGCGGGGGAAGAGGCGAGUGCAGCAGUGGCAGCGGCAGCAGAAGCGAUGGGAGUGACGGGGCUUGACCGUGCUGUCAGCCGUGUGAUGGCGGUCAUUCAGAAAGUGCUCAAUCCACCUAUUUAUGGGGUGCUAGCAGGUCUGCUAAUAGGAGCCACACCUCUCUCCCAUUUCUUCCUCCCCGCCUCCUCCUCCUCCUCUGCUGCUGCAGCCGCCUCCCUCCCAGCCUCCGCCUCAGCGUGGCUCUUCAGCCCUGCCACUGCUGGCAUUCUGCACGGCGUCAUGGAGGCAGCAGCUAUUCUCGGGUCAGCCUCAGCGGCUGUGACAGCAGCAAUUGAACAGCUGCUACCACCAGCAGCCAACACCCAAGUCACUGCUCUCGUGCCCAUGCCUACACCAGGCAGCACCCCCUCCUCUCUCGUUCUCUUCAAUCCAAACCAGCUGCCGGCCCUCUCAGGCCUGGGCAUGAGAGAAAUAAGGGUGGAGCCAUGCCCCUCUGCUGCUGUCGCUGCACCUCAUGUCAAUGGUCCUGCUGGUGGUGGGAUAGGAGGAGGUGUGGUCACAGGUGGUGGGAACAGCGGGAGUCUUUCUGCUUCUUCUGCUUCUUCUCCCUCUGCUGCUUCUGCACUGCCCUCCUUGCUGGAUGAUAGGGCGCUCUGGGUGGUGUGUGCUGUGCGCCUGCUGCUGCUGCCCAUGCUUGGGACCAUUGGAAUCAUGGUGAGGCUUGGUCCUCUUCCUCCUUCAAUCUUCCAACCCUUCCCUCUCCGUCCUCUCCUCUUCCUCCCUCUCACUUCCAACCUCCCCCCUUCUGUCCUCUCUCACACUUCCAACCCCCCCCUUUACUAA